AUGGCUUCCCAGAAUGAGUCGCCUGACACUCGCCUGACGCGGUCACAGGCACAGCCAACAUCCUCAAUCUUCCCAUCGAGAGCUGCGAAACAACUUGGCCUCUUUUUCGCCGGCGCUGGCUUCUUCGUCUUUUCGGCAAUGAUCACCCGACGCUCCGUGGCCCGUAAACAACUAGCUGCCUUUCCGAAAUUUUACCAACCUAGCCACUACGCUGCGGGCAAACAAGGAAACCCCGAAGGUGGCAUGAUUGCCUUUGAGGCGUUGAACCUGGCAACGCUCAACGUUAUGAGCUUCGCAAUCAUGAUGACUGGAGGCGCUUCUUGGGCGUUGGACGUGUCUUCAGUCGACGACCUGAGAGAGAUGGCUAGGAGAAGCAUCCGCGGAGCUGCUGGUCAGACGGACGAGGCAGCCGAGAAGGAAUUUGAGGAAUGGGCUGCCAACAUCUUGACAAAAUUCGGCAAGAUGCCAGAAGAGAAAAAACCACAAAACGAUACCAAGACCGAGGCCGAUUCAAAGACAAGCAAGUAA